AUGGCGGCCGAUCAAGAACAAUUUUACCAAAUAUUGACAACACUUUUAUCCACCGAUAAUAAUAUUAGAACACAAGCUGAAGAAGCUUAUUCAAACCUACCUAUCGAAAGUAAAGUUAGUUACUUAUUGGGAGCUAUUCACAAUGCCACCUUGGCUGAAGAUGCAAGACAAAUAUCAGCAGUUCUGCUUCGAAGGGUCUUCUCAAAUGAAUUUAUGGAUUUCUAUCCAAAGUUACCGCCAGAAAGCCAGGUUCAGCUAAAAGAACAAGUCCUACUAGCUGUACAGCAAGCACAAACGGAUCAGCUACGUCACAAAGUUUGUGAAGUUGUAGCAGAAGUAGCUAGGAAUUUAAUAGAUGAUGAUGGAAAUAACCAGUGGCCUGAAUUUUUGCAAUUCCUAUUCCAUUGUGCCAAUGAUACGAAUCCAGUUCUCAAGGAAGCCGCCCUAGCUAUGUUCACUAGCGUUCCGGGCGUGUUCGGAAACCAACAAAACAACUAUCUCGAUCUAAUCAAACAAAUGCUGAUACAAAGUUUACAGGCGACCGAAGGGUACGAGGUUCGAGUCCAGGCCGUCAGAGCGGUGGGCGCUUUCAUACUGAUCAACGACAAAGAAACGCAGAUCCUAAAACAUUUCGCUGACCUACUGGGACCUAUGCUGAUGGUUAUUGCCGAAAGUAUUCAACAUCAAGAUGAUGACACUUUAUUAAAGGUCUUGAUAGAUUUGGCUGAAAAUACCCCAAAAUACCUAAGACCGCAGCUGCUAAAUAUUUACGAAAUGUGCAUGAAAGUAUUCAGCGAUACCGGUUCUUUGGACAGCUGGAGAGCUUUGGCAUUAGAAGUAAUGGUAACGCUGGCGGAGACCGUUCCAGCCAUGGUGAGGAAGAACGCCAGGAAAUACAUGGAGGAUCUGGUCCCUCUAAUUUUACAAUUUAUGGCCGACUUGGAGGAGGAAGAGAACUGGGCUGCAUCCGACGAACUGUUGGACGAAGAUAACGACUGUAACAAUGUAGUAGCUGAAGCAGCUUUAGAUCGUUUGGCAUGUGGAUUGGGUGGAAAAGUCAUUCUUCCAUUGGUAACUGUGAACAUCCCAAGAAUGUUGGGAAAUCCUGAUUGGAAACAACGCCAUGCCGCCUUGAUGGCGAUCAGUGCAAUAGGAGAAGGAUGUCAUAAGCAUAUGGAAUCUAUGUUACAACAAAUUAUGGACGGUGUGCCUGGAGUAAUGGAGGGCGUUUUGCGUUAUUUGCAAGAUCCGCAUCCAAGGGUACGUUACGCAGCUUGUAACGCCAUUGGCCAAAUGUCUACUGAUUUUGCACCCCUUUUCGAAAAGAAAUUUCACGAUCGCGUAGUUCCAGGCUUACUAAUGUUAUUAGACGAUAACGCCAACCCAAGGGUACAAGCUCAUGCUGGUGCCGCCUUGGUCAAUUUUGCUGAGGACUGUCCAAAAUACAUCUUGAGCCAAUACCUAGAACCUCUAAUGGCCAAACUGGAAGGAAUCCUCACUAUCAAAGUGAAGGAGUUGAUAGAAAAGGGCACCAAAUUAGUUCUAGAACAAGUAGUAACGACCAUUGCCAGUGUAGCAGACACUGCGGAAAACGAAUUUAUCACAUACUACGAUCGGUUGAUGCCUUGUCUAAAAUAUAUCAUUGAAAACGCUAAUAAAGAAGAAUAUAAAUUGCUUAGAGGUAAAGCUAUAGAAUGUGUUACUUUAAUUGGUAUAGCGGUGGGUCCAGAAAAAUUCAGUGCUGAUGCAACUCAAGUGAUGGACAUGCUACUCAAAACGUAUGGUAAUGGAUUUGAAUUACCCGAUGACGAUCCUCAAACUAGUUAUUUAAUAUCUGCCUGGUCUAGAAUCUGUAAAGUUCUUGGUAAAAAUUUCGAACCAUACUUACCAUUGGUGAUGGGCCCGGUUAUGAGAACGGCAGCAAUGAAACCUGACGUUGCGUUGUUGGACAGCGACGAAAUGGCUGGCAUGGAAGGUCAGGAAGACGACUGGCAAUUCGUUUCGCUUGGCGAACAGAAGAACUUUGGAAUACGUACAGCUGGCUUAGAAGACAAAGCGGCAGCGUGUAUGAUGUUGGUCUGCUACGCGCGAGAACUGAAGGACGGCUUCGCCCCCUACGUCGAAGAGACCGUCACACUGAUGGUGCCCAUGCUCAAGUUCUACUUCCACGACGGCGUGCGCAACGCCGCCUCCGAGUCGCUGCCUUGGCUGUUGGAGUGCGCCAUCUGCAAGGGGCCCGCCCUCGUCAACGAAAUGUGGCGUUACAUCUGCCCCGAGCUGCUCAGAGCCAUCGACACGGAACCGGAGAGCGAGGUGCUGCUCAUCAUGUUGGAUUCGUUGGCCAGGUGUAUCCAGAAACUGGGUUCGUCCUACUUGAACCAGGAAUACAUGACGGAAAUAUUGAGGAUUAUUGACAAACUUAUGACGGAACAUUUCGACAGGGCUAACGAUAGGCACAAGAAGCAUUUGGAUGAAGACUAUGAUGAGGAGGUGCAAGAACAACUAGAAGACGAAGAAUCAGAUGACAUUUACGUUCUAACCAAAAUAGCUGACGUCGUACACUCGUUAUUUGAGGUGUAUCGCGAGAACUUUAUACCCUUCUUCGACCAGAUCAUGAACCAUUUCGUCAACCUCCUCGCGCCGAACCGAAGCUGGGCCGACCGACAGUGGGGCAUUUGCGUCUUCGACGACGUCAUCGAGUUCACCGGCCCCGCCUGCUCCAAGUACCAGGCCUGCUUCCUGGAACCGCUCGCUGUUUACGUCAGAGAUAAGAGCUGCGACGUGCGACAAGCGGCCGCCUACGGUUGGGGCGUGUUGGCACAGUUCGGAGGGGAUCAAUUUGCAGGGGAAUUGGCCAAAAUAGUACCGUCACUUGUCGAGGUCAUCAGCGAUCCGGAAGCGAAAGAUAGCAAAAAUAUCAACGCGACAGAGAACGCGAUAUCGGCCGUCACGAAAAUCAUGAAGUACAACAGUUCACAAAUCAAUCUCAACGAGCUGAUACCCAUUUGGUUCUCGUGGUUGCCCGUGUUGGAGGACUCGGACGAGGCAGUGCACGUGUACGGCUAUAUGUGCGAUCUUAUAGAGCAAAAUAAUCAGGCGGUUAUUGGACCAAAUAAUGCAUUUAUACCGAAAAUAAUACACAUCAUAGCCGAAGCGUUUCACAGAGACGCCAUCGAACCAAGUUCGCCCGAAGGAUCAAGAAUGCUAAACAUCGUCAGACAAGUUCAAUCGAACGAAACCUUUUUCCAAUCAGUGGUGGAAACCCUCUCGCCCGACCUACGGCAAGCUCUCCACGUAGCUUUGCAUACCCCCUCAUCUUAGUGAAUAAAUAUCAUUUUAUUGUGUUUUAUCCGCAAAAUUAAAGGUUAUAAAUAGCUAUAUUAUUUUUAUAUCAUGUUAUUUUUAUGUUCGUGGAUUUAACAUCCUCCUUCAGUGUAAGGUAAAGUAAGAUUACCUUUCUAAGGUUUAUAUUUGUUAAGUAACUGUACAUAGAUUUAUGCUACUCUAGAUUGCAUGUGAUAUUUAAAUUUCAUCUUAACUCGACGAAUAUAUUUUUGUCUAGGUAAAUUCUUUGUUAAUGUUUUAACUGAAAUCUAUUCAAUAUGACGAGAUAUGAAAAAAUAAAAUUUCCUUUAUA